UCGCCCGCCCGCCGCGCCGCGCCGCGGUCCGUCUAGUGUCUAGUCCGCGACCUGCCGGACCUGCCCCGCGAUGCGCAGCUUGCUGCUCGCGUUGCUCCUGGGGGCCGCGGCCUGCUCGGCGGCCACCCUCAUCCAGGCCGAGACCCCCGAGACUCCGGACCAGCAGCACGGCCCUGAGGAGCCCCAGGAGAUCGCCUACGUGAGCUUUGACGCCUCCGACAAGUUGAAAGUGACGGUGCUGGAGACGGACGACCCCGAGGAGGCCGAGAAGGACAUCCCGGCGGACUAUGUCGCCAAAGCCGUGUACAGGAACCUCAUCAACCAGACAGGGUGGGCGUACCUGGAGCUGCAGACCAACGCCGCCGUGGACGACGAGAGGCAGGCCCGCGCCGCCGGCGCGCUGGAGGGCUACCUCAGCGCCGGCAUCCUGCACAUGCACGUCAACAACGUGGCCAGGCCGUUCUGUGACGGCCGCCAGGCCUUGUGCGCCAGGAUCCAGAAGUUCCUGGAGAGGAACCUGGGCUGGGUGGGCAGCAUGGUGAAGAAGCAGGCAGGCAAGGACGUGUACUGGCACCAGGUCAAGCUGUUCUACGUGCAGCAGGACGCGCUGCUUGAAGGGUACAACCUGAAGCGAGCCCAGGACCUGUCGCUGCCCGAGCUCACCCAGAACGACAUCCUGUGGCUCAACGUGCAGGGCGACCUGGAGGACCUGGUGUCGGCGCUGGCGUCGAGCGAGGACGGCCUGGACAAUGAGGCCACCGUGAUGGAGCGCGGGCGCGUCCUGGGCUCCGGGUCCUGCUCCGCCCUCAUCAAGCUGCUGCCGGGCAGCAAGGACCUCUUCGUGUCCCACGACACCUGGAGCAGCUACGAGACGAUGCUGCGCGUGCAGAAGAAGUACGUGCUCAACUACCAGAUGGGUCCCGGCCGCGCCCGCUCCGAGCUGCUGCCCGGCCGCGCCAUGAGCUUCUCGUCUUACCCCGGCGUCCUCACCUCCGGCGACGACUUCUACAUCAUGUCCACCGGGCUCGUGAGCCUGGAGACCACCAUCGGCAACGGCAACGCGUCGCUGUGGCAGUACGUCAAGCCCGUCGGCCAGGUGGCGGAGGGCACCCGCUCCAUGGUGGCCAACCGGCUCGCCACGAGCGGCCGCAUGUGGACGCAGCUCUUCUCCAAGUACAACUCCGGCACCUACAACAACCAGUGGAUGGUGGUGGACUACACGCGCCUCGUGCCGCAGUCCGAGGGCCAGUCCAAGAGCGGGCUGCUGUACGUGCUGGAGCAACUGCCCGGCUUCAUCAAGGCGGAGGACCUGACGUCGGUGCUGCUGAGCCAGGGCUACUGGGCCUCCUACAACGUGCCCUACUUCAAGGACGUCUUCUCCAUGGGCGGCAACGAGCCCCUCGUCAGGAAGUUCGGCGACUGGUUCACGUUCGAGCACAGCCCCCGCGCGGAGAUCUUCCGUCGCGAUCAGGGCAAGGUGUCGGACCUGCAGGGCAUGUGGCGCCUCAUGCGCUCCAACGACUUCAAGAACGACCCGCUGUCCGUGUGCAACUGCACGCCCACCCACAACGGGGAGAACGCCAUCGCGGCGCGCAGCGACCUGAACCCCGCCGACGGCAAGUACCCGUGGGGCGCGCUGGGCCACCGCAACCACGGCGCCACGGACACCAAGAUCACCUCCAAGGAGCUGGCCGCGUCGCUGCGCUUCCUGGGCGAGUCCGGGCCGCCGCACUACUCCGAGUCGUGCCCCGUCUUCAGCUGGAGCACGGCCGACUUCGCCGCCACCACGCCGCACCAGGGGCUGCCUGACGCCUGGAAGUUCCCGCCCGUCGUGCACCCCUGGGCCUGGGGCUUGAACCACUUCUAGUGCCGCGUGCCUCCCCCCACGCCGCAGCACGCGCGCCGGCACCGGUAUCCACGCCCACCCGCCCGCCACCGCCGGCUGCGCAGGCCUGCUCAUGGCGUCGCCGGCAACCUCGCACCGGCAGCUGCUGCAGCUGGAUCGUGGCCUCGGCGGCGUUGACGGCGUUGACGGAGGGACGGUGUGCCUACCGCUGCCUCCGUCGACACCGUCGUCGUCCUCGUCUUCGUCGUCAGCGGCGUCGACGCUGACGGAUGACGGUCUAGUGUCCGUGGACAUGGCCGAUGUCGCGGGCGACGACUUCUCGGUGUGCACCAUGAAGACGGUGUCCGUGUCCUCGCUGCUGAUGCCCUCGCCGUGCUACAUCGUGCUGCUGCUGCUGUGCCCGCCCGUCUUCGGCUUCGUGCUCUUCUUGUUCGUGCAGUACUUCGUGCCCGUCCUCGUGCAGAUCCUCAUGGACAUGUGAUUCGUCGUCCUGCUCACCGGAUUCAAUUUCCUUUUCCCCCUUGGAUGUGAUAAUGCAGGCAGGCAUGGUGCAAGACUGAAAUUAGAAAUUUUAUUUAUCAUUUGUUAGUUUAAAACAGUGUUAGCAUGUUAAUAUACUUGACUUUCUGCUUUAAAUCUGAAUGAUUAUUGUGAUAAUAAAGAAAUAGAACUACUAA